CCGCCGCCGCCCCCAGGCGCACUGGACGCCCUGUCGCUCAGCAGCAGCCUGGACAGCGGGCUCCGAACACCCCAGUGCCGGAUCUGUUUCCAGGGCCCGGAGCAGGGGGAGCUUCUGAGCCCCUGCCGCUGCGACGGCUCGGUGCGCUGCACACACCAGCCCUGCCUCAUCCGCUGGAUCAGCGAGAGGGGUUCCUGGAGCUGUGAGCUCUGCUACUUCAAGUACCAGGUCCUGGCAAUCAGCACCAAGAACCCACUGCAGUGGCAGGCCAUCUCCCUGACGGUCAUCGAGAAGGUCCAGAUUGCUGCCAUAGUUCUGGGCUCCCUCUUCCUCGUCGCCAGCAUCUCCUGGCUCAUCUGGUCCUCACUCAGCCCUUCAGCCAAGUGGCAACGGCAGGAUCUGCUCUUUCAGAUCUGCUAUGGCAUGUACGGCUUCAUGGAUGUCGUCUGCAUAGGCCUCAUCGUCCAUGAAGGCUCCUCUGUCUACCGCAUUUUCAAGCGCUGGCAGGCAGUGAACCAGCAGUGGAAGGUCCUGAAUUAUGACAAGACCAAGGACAUAGGAGGAGAUGCAGGGGGAGGGACGGCAGGGAAGCCAGGCCCCAGGACCUCACGGACGGGCCCCCUCUCUGCGGCCACCAGCCGUCCCCCAGCCGCCCAGCGCAUGCGGACGCUCUUGCCUCAGCGCUGUGGUUACACAAUCCUGCAUCUCCUUGGACAGCUGAGGCCACCAGAUGCCCGUUCCAGCUCCCAUUCUGGUCGAGAGGUUGUCAUGAGGGUCACCACGGUCUGAACUGGACUCCAGAGCAGGGAUCUUGAGUCAGUGCAUUAGCCAGAGAUGAGCUCUCAUGGUUGCUGGAGGUACCACCUGGACAAGGUGUUUGGGGCACACUUCCCCCACCACUGAGGAUCUCUGUGGGCAGCCUCAAGCUGGAGUCAUUGUCUGGCCUCUACUGCCCACUGGGUGGUGACACCUGGAUGAUGUUCCAGCCCCCACUGACAACUCCUCACACUCAUCUUGAGAUGGCCAGUGGGCAGGUGGGGAGUGCAGCUUUUCUUCCCUGGAGAGAACCGUCUUUACCUCAGCUCCUAGGGCCUCCAGCCCCCCAGCUCCACCACGGUGACUUGGUGAAGUGGGACCAAUGCCAGAACAAAGGGGCUGUAGACCCCCAUUCCCCACCCAUGGCCACAGGGCAUCUGGCAAUAAGACUAUUAUACAUUGACCUCCCGUUUCCCUGCAUGAGGGCAGGGGACUUCCUCCUGCUCCACCCCCUAUUGCAUGGGGGAAGGGCAUAAAGAAUCAUUUAUAUGCA